UGGUUACGCAGCAUCAUCGGAGCUUGUCGUUUUAUUGUACGGCUGCUGAUGCUGAGAGGUCGCGCUGAGAAAUAUGUAGGACCAUGAUUGCGGAUUUGAGGUUUGGGGACCGUGACACAUCGUGGCGGAUUGUUUUUUAGGUUUUCUCACUACAAGGAUAAUGAGGAAAAGACGGAGCUGGAAACGUCAGUGUUACUUGAAGUGAUGGAUACUAAGAGUGUUUGAGGAACCCUUACAUCUGACCCAAUGGCAAAGAAAGGCCGCGCCAAGGGCGAGAAGCCUGAAGCACUCAUCUCUGCCUUACAGGCAGCCAAUGAAGAUCUCAGGUCGAAAUUAACCGAUAUUCAAAUUGAACUGCAUCAAGAAAAAUGCAAGGUGACCAAGUUGGAGCGAGAAAAGGUGCAGGAAGGCAAGCGCAUUCGCGAACAGGAGCAGCAUCGACAUACGGCGGCGCUGACGGAGCAGCGGGCUCGCUGGCACGAGGAGAAGUUAAAGGAACUCGCAGCUCUGCGGGAAUCGCUAACACGGCAGCACGAGCAGGAGGUAGCGCGGACCGCUAAGAUUAAAGAGCGUCUGCGGACUGCGCUCAGUGCGCUGCGCGAUGGCAGCGGCGAGAAAGUGCGCACUGCGCUAACGCUUGAGGCCCGAGAGGAAGCCCGCCGCUUCUUCGACCAGGAGCGCGUCAAGCUACUGCAAGACAUAGCCGAGAUAAAAUCCUCCAAACGGCAGACAGAUGAAGCGCUGAAUACUAUGAUCUUAGCCGACAAGAUGAAGGCUGGUGACCUGCGCACUGAACAUCAAGCGCACCAGGAGCAAAUUUCCAAGAUCAAGUGGGACAGUGAGCGAGAUAUUCGUCGAUUGGUGGAUGAGAUCAAGGCGAAGGACCGGACGAUCUUCUCGCUGGAGAAAGAGCUGGAAACAGCGACAGGCUUCGUGCAGAAGCUGCAGCUACAGAAGGAUGCACUUGAUGAGCAGCUUUUUUUGGUCAAGGAGGCAGAGUGCAACCUGGGAAGCCCCAAAAGAGAGAUCCCCGGCCGCGCUGGAGAUGGAGCAGAGCAUUGUGGGAGUCCGGACAUGAGAAGGAACCAGAAACGCAUGAGUGAACUCAAAGCCACCAUUCGUAAGCUGGAGGACCGCAAUUCAAUCUUAGUGGAUGAAAGAAACGAGCUGUUGAAGCGUGCUCGAGAAGCAGAGAAACAGUGCAAGCCCUUACUGGACAAGAACAAAUUAUUAAGUAGGAAAAAUGAUGAACUCAGCCAGUCCCUUCAGAGGAUGGAGGAUAAACUUAAAUCCAUUACCAAGGAGAACCUGGAGAUGAAGGAGAAGAUUACCUCCCAUCCUCCACUGAAGAAACUCAAGUCUCUGAAUGAUCUGGAUCAGGCCAACGACGAUCAAGAGAUUGAGUUCCUCAAGCUGCAGGUUCUCGAGCAGCAGAGCAUGAUCGAUGAGCUGACACGAGAUAGAGAAAAACUCUUGAGAAAGAAGAGGCAUAAACGAAGCAGACCUAUAAAGAGGCAUAUUGUUGUAGACACAUUGUAUGGGUAUGAUGAAGAGUCUAUGGAUUCGGAAACGUCCUCGGUGGCUUCCCUGCGCAUGGACCGAACCCCGGCUACACCAGACGAAGAUUUAGACGAGGGUUUGGCGGCUGAAGAGUCUGAGUUGCGCUUUAAGCAGUUGACACGGGAAUAUCAGGCUCUUCAGAGAGCCUAUGCCCUCCUACAGGAGCAGAAAGGAGGUGUGCUGGACGCUGAAAUGGAGGCUAAGGCUCAUGAGCAGCUCCAGGCAGACGCUCAAAGGUAUAAAGCUAAAAUCGAAGACCUGGAAAAGGAGGUCUCUUUAAAAGGACAGGACUCCAGAUGGGUGGAAGAGAAGCAACUGUUCCUCAGACGCAAUCAGGAGCUGCUGGAGAAGGUUGAAAAGCUGGAGAAUGAAAACGGAAAGCUGCAGCAGGAGCUACAGGACUCUAAAGAUCAGAAUGAACUCCUGGAGUUUCGCAUACUUGAGCUCGAGGAGCGUGAGAGGAGAUCGCCUCCGUUUACCCUUCAAAUCCAUCCUUUCUCUGAGGGAGUGAGCGCGCUGCAGAUCUACUGUAUAAAGGAGGGCGUGAAGGACGUGUGUAUACCAGACCUCAUCAAGCUGCUGGAUAUACUCGGGGAUAACGGGAACCUGAGGAAUGAGGAGCAGGUGGCCAUUAUUCAAGCCAGUACCGUGCUGUCGCUCGCUGAGAAGUGGAUCCAGCAGAUUGAAGGCACAGAAGCAGCUCUGCAUCAGAAGAUGAUGGACCUGGAGCUCGAGAUGGAGAUGUUCUGCAAACAGAAGGGUUAUCUGGAGGAGGAGCUGGACUAUAGGAAGCAGGCGCUGGAUCAGGCCUAUAUGCAAAUCCAGGAGCUGGAGGCGACCCUGUACAACGCACUGCAGCAGGAUAAAGUCAUCAAGUACGGAGAACCCCUGGACGAGCUGCAGAAGGAUGAGUUACGCGCGGCUGUGGAGAAACUGCGCAGACAGAUGCUACGUAAGAGCCGAGAAUUUGACUGUCAGGUGCUGCAGGAGAGGAUGGAGCUGCUCCAUCAGGCCCAUCAGAGGAUCAGAGACCUGGAGGACAAGACUGACAUUCAGAGGAGACAGAUUAAAGAUCUAGAGGAGAAGUUUUUAUUUCUCUUUUUAUUCUUCUCUCUUGCCUUCAUUCUUUGGCCUUGAUGUCCGUGACAUCUCCUGCGGAGGAUUCGAAGCAACCUGGAGCUGUCGCAUGCAACUGCAGUCGUCCGGUUGUAAUGACUCGAGGUGUAUUAAUGGCUGUUUUGUUUUGCUUGUGUGGAAGUGGGGAAAU